GUCCACUCAUCCAAUCAUCCCAUCAUCCCAGGCGUCUUUGAUCACUGGUGCGAGUCGUAAUGUCACUCCAGACCGAUGGCCUGGACGAUCGCGCUGGAAGGAUCCUCGUCCUCUCCACAGGUGACCUGCCCCUAGCAUCCCUCGAGCAGCUCGUCCACUCCAUCACUGGGCGCUCUCACCGAGAAGGCACCGAAGGACAGGUCCGGCUCUCAGAUGUGGUACACUACGACGAGGAUGGUGACGAAGAUGAAGAUGGAGCCUCGUCCUUCGUGACGACGAGACCUGUGCCUCCACCUACAAGCUCAACAGACGCGGCCUCUACCUCUCAGAUUCCUUGGACAAUCGAUAACACCUACUAUACAGCAGACGUACACUUCCGGCUCGUCUCCCUACCUUCAUCGUCAUCUUCGUCUGCCCCGUCCAGAGGAGCAACUGCUCAGGCAAAGCGGCGUGAGAGGGAAGAAGAGCUCCAGACAAUUCUCAAGGAGGAGACAAAGGACGUCACAGCCAUUGUAUUGGUCGUGCGGGGAGGUCAGACUCUGAAAGAGCACGAGAGAGUUCUUGAUGCGCUACAGCAGUGUGCGACGGAGCAGCGGAUAUCUCAAGAAGACGCAGAGGAUGCAAACCUAUCGCAGUCGGCAGCGACUCCCAGCUUAGGGGCAGAGUCUUCCACAGCGCAAGCUGAGGCUGAGAUGCCCAUGGGCUUCGGCCUGGCCGUCUCUACCGUCAUCUCCCUACCCUCGAUCGUCGAUGCUCACAACAGUAGGACUUUCCAAGGCAAGCCUGCCAGUCGAGACGGUCUACUCGACCUCUACGCCCAGAACGGAUGGGAAUACAUUGAUCUCGGAGCAGACACUGAUUCUGGAGUGUCCGGAAUGGGCACGACGUCGGCUUCGACUGCUUUGCUCGAUGAUUCGGCUAGCGAAGGAAGCGAGGAGAGAGCAGGAGACGCUCCCUCCCUCUCAGAGUCAGAAGACGAUGAAGAAGCCGACGAUGAGGCUGUAGGUCUAGAAAGGGUAAAAGAGGCGCUCGAGGCUAACAUGUGGCCGGGUCUCGUCAGAAAAGAUAGAUCCGGGGGGACAGCAAGUCAGGCGAGAGCAGGGAACCUUGCCGACGGCUGGGCCUCCUCCUCCUCAAUGACCACUUCAGCACUACCACAAGAUCGUCUUGCUGCUCUAUCGCAAAUUUUAGACGCCAAUGAAAGCAUAGAGCAAGACGGCGCAGAGCUAGACGCAGGUCUCGAUGCCGAGCUGGACUCCCUCUUUCGCCGUCUGGACCUCAAUCUACCCAGCGGCUCCCUUCUCCCGCCCACUUCUCCCUCAGCAGGUCUAGACACCGGGCUAGGGCUAGGCGCCCACGCCGAGCCGACGGCGCAGGACGAGGAGCUGGCAAGACGUUUCCUCGCCAGUAUUGCCGACUUUGAGAAGUACCAAUUCGCCGAGGAGGUGGGGAUUGGCGAGAAGCAAGAAGGAGAGCCUGGCGCCCGCAAGGGACUUCAAGGGGACCGCGAGGCCGGAGGAAAGACACUUCCGGAGAGCGAAGAAGAACGCAAUCGAAACCAAGCUGAAGCCCUUCGCAAGCUAGAGGAGUGGCUGCAGAAUGAAGAUGGAGACUGGCUUGGCGCUAGCACUAGCACAAGCAAGCGCGGCUUAGACUUCGGAGACUCUGACCCUGAUUUCGCUGGUCAAGCGGAUACCCAGGGCAAGGACAAUAAGGUCCGUCUACCGCCACGCGCUGCGGGCGAUACCUUCGACGAUGACUUUGACGAAUUCAUCAGCGCUAGUGCCAGUGCCAGUGCCAAUGGUGGUGAGGGCGGUGGCGCCAAUGCUGGGCCAGCCUCAUUCGGCUUUGACGAGGAGCUCAGUCGCCAUCCGCACUACAAGCCUGCGGUGGAUGCCAGGACUCAAAGCGAGGGCAAAAGCCAGAGCAAGGAUCACGGGCUGGGAGGAGUAGGUGGCGGGGAUAGCGAUAGUGACGUUGAUGGUGAUGGUCCUGCCUCUACCGCCUUCAAUUGGCCUGAAGCUCAAGCUGGGGAUCUGUCGCUAGGCGAUCAGGGAAGGGAGAUGGGGUCAGUUCCGACUGAAGAAGUCAGGGAAGACGCAGUCGAGCCGUCCUCCUUGUCCACGCAGGGUCCCUUCCACUCUUUCCCUGCCUCGGUAGAGUUUGGUGAGCGGAUAGAUGCAGAUGCGGAUGAUCUCGUUGUUGAGCAGUGAGCCGACUCAAAAGGAGAAGGGAGGCAGAGGGGUGAAUCGGAAGACAUGUAGGCGAGUCAGAGGUGGGAUAGACUGUGAGGUGCAAGAUCCUGUGAUGUGCACUGGUGACGCUGAAUUGCUAUACCCUAUCAUGACCUAAAUGCUACUUACUUGCGCACUGUG